GUGGAUGCCCGCGGAACCGCUUUCCUGCCGGAGGCCCUCCGUUCACAUCCACAUAGCCCACCCUGAGCCGCCCUGAGAGCGGCGCACCAAACUCCAUUCAGAAAACUGCUAAUUCAGAACAAACGCUCUUCGGAGAGCAGAAACACGCGCAGUCCCGUCCGUGUCUGAGACGUGUGGCGAGCUUGUCGGUGGCGAGCUUCGGUUCGGCACUCUGAUACGGCACGUUAUCGCCACCAGGGCUCAGUCGGGAACUGUUGGCUCGUCCUCUGAAUGACCAUGGUUGGCGAACGCCGCAAUGGGAACCUGCUGGUCCAGCUCGGCCCGAAACUGCAGGCGUAUCCCGAGGAGCUGAUUCGCCAGCGACGCACCCACGACGGGCAGACGGAAUACCUGAUUCGCUGGUGCCUCGUCGCCAUCGACGAUGGCUCCACCUCUGGAGGCGGUGCCAGCGAAGCGGGCGGGACGGUCGGCGUCAGCUCCGGAGUGGGCGGGUCCGUGAGCGCCGUGUCUGGAGAAACCAAACCGGAAAACAUCCUGAUGUGGAUGUCGACAGAGGACGUGUACGCCAACUGUCCCACACUGCUGGGCAAGAGGAAGAUGGACUCCCAGCGUCCCCUGCAGCAGGAGAAGCAGCGUGGCGGCGAGGCUUCCGACUCGGGCAUUUCAAGCGGCACAGAGUUCCCGUCCGACGUCACUUUUGACGAGGUGGAGCUGUCGGACAUGAAGGAAGACGUGAAGAACCUGGUGUGCCGAGCCCGGAAGCAGAUGGCCAAGAAGAGCGACUUCUCCAUCAACAUCAUGCACACCAUCCACGUGUUGAGCGCCUACGCCAGCAUUGGCUCGCUUGUCGGUGUCUUUAAGGAGACGGGCGCGCUCAACCUGCUGAUGGAGCUGCUGUGCAACAAGGAGACUCAGACGAGGCGAAGCGCCGGGAAGAUGCUGCGCGCGCUUGCCUCGCAUGACGCAGGCAGCCGGGCGUAUGUGCUGCUGUCUCUGAGCCAGCAGGACGGCAUCGAGCAACACAUGGACUUCGAUAACCGCUACACGCUGCUGGAGCUGUUCGCCGAGACCACGUCGUCCGAGGAGCACGGCAUCUCCUUCGAGGGCAUUCACCUGCCGCAGAUUCCCGGGAAGCUGCUCUUCUCCCUGGUGAAGCGUUACCUGUGCGUCACGUCUCUGAUGGACAAGCUCAACACGGCGGGGGCGGAGUCAGGCUCUGAAAAGCUGGACACUUGCCCUUCUCCUGCCUCUUCCUCCAGCAGCUCCGCCCACCAGACGGAGCAGCUCCGUGUCCAGCGGGAGUUUGACUUCACCAUGGCCAUGGCCAACCUGAUCUCGGAGCUGGUCCGAGUGAUGGGCUGGGACCGUAACCGCCAACCGCUUGAUGGCUCUGCCCACCUCACAGGAGUUGUGGUUAGCGGGGAGGAUCAAGGGGAGGAGGCUUCCCGCCCUGUCCUCAGGUCCAUUUUUCAGCCUCGAUUCUGCGCCUCCCCUGUCACUCUAACCACCAGCUCCGGUGGCGCAGCCCCCGCCGCCACACCACCAAAGAAGAAAGCAAAUGGUUUCAAAACGCGCUCGGACUUCACCUGCCGCUCCGCCUACGUGGAGUACGUCCAGGACAACCUGAAGAGCGGCAUGAUGGUCCGCAUGCUGGAGGACUACGAGGAGGUGAGCGCCGGCGACGAAGGAGAGUUUCGCUACAGCAACGACGGCUCGCCACCUGUACAGGUGUACUGGAACUCCCUGUCCAGGACUUACUGGGUCCACUGGCACAUGGUGGAGAUCCUGGGGAGUGGCAGCAGCAGUCAGGCUGAGAAGGAGACACAGGAGAAGGCCUCCUCGCUGACAGAGACGCUCAAACUCUCAGCAGUGAGCCAGACCUUCUUCUCGAAGCCUCCCGGCGGUCUCUACUCUCUACCCUACCUGUCCGAGGGUCUGAACACGGAGCCGGUCACUCUGAGCAGAGCCGAGUGGUGGGAGAUCCUCUUCUUCAUCAAGAAACUGGAGCCGAAGCAGCAGCAGGAGGUCAACGGCGUCCUGCUGCAGAGCCUCGACGACCAGGAGGCGGAGCUGGACGACUCGUCUCUCAUCGGCCUGUCGGUGCCCGGAGACGUGGCCAAGAAGCUGCUGCACUACCUGAAGCAGAAGCUGCCGUCGUCGUGCCUCGGCGACCUGCUGUGCUCCCACGCCUUCACCAAACAUUACCUGAAGAGAGGCGGAGCCAGCCUAGAGGACGAAGAGCUGCUGGCUGAAAGCUCGUCCGGGCUGGGUGGAGGUGGCGGAGGAGGGCAGGGCUUCUCGUCUGCCUCGACCUCCUCGUCCUCAGCGAUGGGCUCCGUCUCCAAAAAGGCCAAGAAAGAGCUUCCUGUGGAUUCUGGCUGCUGCAACUCGGAGACGGAGAGUGACCUACCCACAGAGGACGUCAGCAAAUACCCCGACGACCUGGAGGACAAGAUGAAAGUGUUUAACAACCCACGGGUGCAAGGCAAGAAGACUGUGCUGGAGAAGCUGGGGGAGGUGGUGGACGUCCUGAAGAAGGGCGGGUCGGGCUCAGACCACACCCAGCAGCUCGCCGCCGUCCUCUUCCUCACCCGGCUGGUGGAGGGGACGCAGGAGAAGAACGCCACGAGGAGUGACUCGGCCCAGACUGUACGGGACAAAGUGCUGAAGCUGCUGGUGGAGCUGCUCGGCUCCGCCUCCAAAGACGUGGUCGUCAGCACGCUCCGAUUGACCCACCUCCUCAUGCUCAAGUAUGAGUGGAGGGUCUCCUUCGCCACCGAGGGUGGGGUCAAAGCCAUCCUGUCCUGCAUGCAGGAGUUCUCGGGCGUGGUGCAUGUGCAGCAGCUGGCGCUGGCGACUCUGAAGGUCAUCACGGGCGCCAGUAAACAUGACCUGCGCAGCGUAGGCAGCAGCCCGCCGCUCUCAGAGUCAGGCACCCAGAUGAUGCUGGAGAUCUUUGCCAGCAUCGGCUCGGCCACGCCCGAGGGCUCCAGAGGCCUGCUGGACGCCAUUCCGGCCGCCAUCGACCUCAUGCUGACCACAAAAGGCUGCGUGCCGUCGGUGAGGAACGGGCUACUCGUCAUCAUCAUGCUCAUCUCCAACCACAAGAGCCUCGCGGAGCAGCUGGUCGCCUGCGACGUCACCAGCGUCCUGAAGAAGUGUCUGAGUCUGUCCCGCGCCGAGACCAUGCUCGCCAUCAUUGCGCUCAACCACAUCUCCAUGGUGCACAAGCUGGAGAGCAAAGAGAGCCGCGAGCAGCUCGACUUCAAGGACACGGAGCUGCAGAUGCUGGUCGUCAGUCUGAAGGAGAUGACGGCCACCAAGGAGGUGAUCCAGACGCUGGAGCAGCUGCUGUGUGACGACGCCUCACAGCUGGAGGAGGAGCGCAGCCAGGUGACUCACAGUCGGGACACCUACCAGGACCUGGUCCGUCUGAUUGAGCAGCACCGAGGCGAUCGGGCCGUCCAGCUGUCCAUCCUCAGGAUCCUGAACAAGUUCCUGGACAACUACCAGGAGGACGUGCUGCCGUGGCACGAGAGCAUCGAGCCCUGCCUGUCCUCCAUGACGGCCUUCAUCAAUGACAGAGAGGUGGUGCAGCUCUUCAUCCGCUUCCUGUACCGGCUGGCGUCUCUGAACAAAGACUACGCCGUGGUCAUGUGCCGCCUGGGGACCAAGGAGGCGCUGGUGAAGGCGCUGGACAAGCACAGCACCAACCUGCUGCUGGUCACCGAGCUCCGAGACCUCAUCACCGACUGCGAGAAGUACGCCAGCCUCUACAAGAAGAUGACCACCAGCGUCCUCGCAGGAUGCAUCCAGAUGGUGCUGGGGCAGAUCGAGGAGCACCGCCGCAGCCACCAGCCAAUCAACAUUCCCUUCUUCGACGUGUUUCUCAGGAAUCUGUGCCAAGGGUCCAGCGUGGAGCUGAAGGAGGACAAAUGCUGGGAGAAGGUGGAGGUGUCGUCCAAUCACCAUCGAGCGAACAAGCUGACCGACAAGAACCCGAAAACCUACUGGGAGUCCAACGGCUGCACCGGCUCGCACUUCAUCAACAUCUUCAUGCACAGAGGCGUCAUCAUCAGGCAACUCGCCAUCCUGGUGGCCAGCGAGGACUCGAGCUACAUGCCAGCCCGGAUUCUGGUCCUGGGGGGAGACGAGCCCACCAACAUCAACACGGAGCUCAACACGGUGAACGUGCCGCCGUCGGCCAGCCGCGUGGUUCUGCUGGAGAACAUGACCCGGUUUUGGCCCAUCGUCCAGAUCAGGGUCAAGCGGUGCCAGCAGGGCGGUAUCGACACCCGCGUCCACGGCUUCGAGGUUCUCGGUCCGAAGCCGACGUUCUGGCCCGUUUUCAAGGAGCAGCUGUGCUGCCGGACCUACCUGUUCUACAGCACCAAGGCCCACACCUGGUGUCAGGAGGUGAUGGAGGACAAGACGCAGUUGUUGCAGCUCUUCAACAAACUGAACAGCGCUCUAAGACAUGAGCAGAUGUUCGCCGAUCGUUUCCUGUCGGACGCAGAGGCGGCCGAAGCCCUGGGUCGAACCUGCUGGGAGGCUCUGAUCACCCCCAUCGUUCACAGCAUCACAGAAUCCUCUGCGUGCAGCCCUCUGUCCUGGUUGCUCAGUGAAUAUCUGGAUAACUCGGAGGCGCCUCGCCGCUGUAAGAGUCGGGCCACCAUCUUUAACUCCCGAGUGAGGCGGCUCACGCACCUGCUGGUCCACGUGGACACGAGCCGAGUGGACGGCGAGGAGCUCAAACCGCCCGUCAAAUCCAAAGGUCUCAACAGAAGCAAAGAGCUGAAGAAUGGUAAAGAAGGAAAGAACAAAGAGGCAUCCGCAGCCGCCUCCACCUCCUCCUCCUCAUCGUCCUCAGCCAAACCCAAAGUGAAGAGCAGCAGCAGCAUCGCGGGCAUCGCCCUCUGUUGGCAGGGAGUGGUACAACGCCAGGUGAAGAAGUUCCUGGAGGCGAGCUGCACUCUGCCGGACUUCGUGGAGCGAUAUCGGCGGCUCUACCUUCGGCUGAAGAACGCCAUGGAGGAGCUGUUUGGCCAGCAGACCGCCUUCGUCCUUGCCCUGCGGCACGGUUUCUCCACCGCCCUGUUGCAGCUCUCCAUCCUCAGAGCUAUGCACGUGAGCGAGCGCUUCGCUCAGUACAUCGAUCAGAUGAUCCAGGCGAGCGGCAUGGCAUCCGGCUGUGUGGAGACUCUGGAGCGGCUGCAGCAGUUUCUGGAGCCGAUGCUCUUCCUGUCAGGCCUGGAGCUCGCCAGCACCUUCGAGCACUUCUACAGGUACUAUCUGGGCGACCGGCUGCUGGCUCAGGGGAACGUGUGGCUGGAGCACGCCGUGGCGGAGCAGAUCGGCAGUUGCUUCCCGAGCCGCUUCCCACAGCAGAUGCUGAAGAACCUGAGCGAGUCGUCCGAGCUGCAGCAGGAGUUCCACCUGUACCGGCUGCAGCAGCUGGACCGCAGCUUGCAGGAGCACGACCAGGUGAUGGAGGAGGAGUGGGCGGAGUUGGAGGAGGAGGCGGAGGUCCAGGUCCUGGUUCUGUCGCCGCGCUGCUGGGCCGUCUCUUCACUCUGCUACCUGGACGAGCCGGCGAAGCACCUCCCCCUGGAGCUCUGCUCCUACCUGAACCAGUUCACCCAGUUCUACACCCACAGUCAGUCCAUAUACGGUCUGUGCCACUCCAAGCCUCGGCGGCUGCAGUGGACGUGGCUCGGGCACGCCGAGCUGCAGUUCGGCGGCUGGACGCUGCACGUCUCUACGCUGCAGAUGUUCGUGCUGCUGCAGUUCAACAGCCAGCAGGAGGUUCGAGUUGACGCUCUGCUGCAGGCAAGCGGCCUCUCCGCCACCGUGCUGCUGCACGCUCUGCUGCCUCUCAUUGGCGAGGGCGGGCCGCUGACCUGCAGCCACCCAGACGACCCCACCCGAGGUGUGCUGCAGCUGAACGAGCAGGUGGCGUCUCGCAGCCAGGAGGGCGCGCCGGCGUCUGUGUGGCUGCUGCCCAAACAGACGUAUCUGAACGUGGACGAGGACGCGGCGGGCACACUGGAGAGGAAGAGGAACUACAUCUACUGCCUGAUCGUCCACAUCAUGAAGCAGGAGAAGGAGAUGCAUAUCGACAACCUCGUCUUCAAGGUGCUGGACUCGUGUCAGAAGCAGGAGGCGUCGCGCUCGCCGGGCUCGGGCCGUUUCAGCUGCAGCACCAGCGAUGUCCUGUCCUGCAUCAUGCACGUCAUCAGCAAGGGCUGCAUCCGCCGCAACGACGAGAACCCGCACAUUGUGGAGUUCGUCCCCGAGGACCCGUCCACGCCGCAGAAGGGCCAGGCCCAGUUCUCCUUCAGCCGGGCCGACAUCGGGAAGGACGCCACCUCCAACAGCCGGGCCGACAUCAGUCUGGUGCCUGUGCCGCGGCAGUUCGAGGAUGGCGUUCUUGAUACCGUUCUUUUCUCGAUGGGUCGCACGAUGACGCAGGAUGAAGUUCGUCAGCUGAUGCAGAGGACGGUUCAACAGGUUGCGGGGACGCUGAGUCUGGACCUGGACCGGGCCGAGCACCUCCUCAUUCACUGUAAGUGGAACGUGGACUUGGUGGUGCAGCGGUACACCGACGACCCUGACGCCAUCAUCGUGGCUGCCGGACUCAAGUUCCUGAACCCUCAGACGCCGCCGAGCCCCGCCUCCACCUGCCCAGUGUGCCUGAGCCCGUGGAGCUGCGGCAUGGAGCUGGUGCCUUCGCUGAGCUGCAUGCACUACUGCUGCAGGUCGUGCUGGCAGGAGUACCUGACGGCGAGGAUCGAGCAGAACCUGAUCAUGAACUGCAACUGUCCAAUCACAGACUGCCAGGCUCAGCCCACCUCCCAGUUCUUCCUCAGCGUCCUCACUGACAAGGACACCAUCGCCAAGUAUGAGAAUGCCCUGCUGAGAGGCUACGUGGAGUGCUGCUCCAACCUGACGUGGUGCACCAACCCUCAGGGCUGCGAUCAGAUCCUCUGCAAGGAGAACACGGGCAGCAUGGCGACCUGCUCAAAGUGCUGCUGGUCCUCCUGCUUCAGCUGCAACUUCCCUGAGGCACACUACCCAGCGAGCUGCAGUCACAUGUCCCAGUGGAUGGACGACGGCGGUUACUACGAAGGGAUGAGCAUGGAGGCUCAGAGCAAACACCUCGCCAAGCUAAUCUCCAAACGCUGCCCGAGCUGCCAGGCUCAGAUCGAGAAGAACGAAGGCUGCCUGCAUAUGACCUGUGCCAAAUGUAACCAUGGCUUCUGCUGGCGCUGCCUGAAACCAUGGAAACCAACACACAAAGAUUACUACAACUGCUCUGCCAUGGUGAGUAAAGCGGCGCGGCAGGAGAAGAAGUUCCAGGAUUACAACGAGAGAUGCACCUUCCACCAUCAGGCCAAGGACUUUGCCAUCAACCUGGAGAACAAAGUGUCGUCCAUCAAUGAGGCUCUGCAGAUGAAGUCUCUGACCUUCGUCAUCGACGCCUGUAAAGUCCUCGCUCAGGCUCGGAAGGUGCUGGCCUACUCCUGCGUGUACAGCUACUACAACCAGGAGACGGAGAAGAUGGACGUGAUGGAGCAGCAGACCGAGGCUCUGGACUUGCAUACCAACGCUCUGCAGAUCCUGCUGGAGGAGACUUUGCUGCAGUGCACUGACCUGGCCUCGUGCGUGCGGCUGCUGAAACCCGAACACCUGAACACUGGACUCGAGCUGAUCCGCCGCAUCCAGGAGCGCCUCCUCGCCAUCCUCCAGCACUCCACCCAGGACUUCCGUGUUGGAUACCAGUCCAAGGGCAGCCAGGAACCAGAGUCCACUCAGUCCUCCAACCUGUCCAACCACGCCGACGCCAACAAAGUGUCCAAGUCGGACCGGGCGUCCCACUCCGGAGACUCUGACAACAACAACUACACGGGCGAGGAGGGCGGCGACGAAGCAGAGGAUGACGAUGACGAGUACGAUGAAGAGUACGUCCCAGAGUGGCACGAGGACUACGACGAGGACGACAUCGACGAGGACGACUUCUUCUCCGACGACGACGAGUCCGAGAACCUGGAGAGGGACUUCAGCCCCUUCGACUGACUCGGGUUUAAGAGCCUGAGGGCGACCCAGGUGCGGCCGUGACCCCGCACCCUCUGCACCGCCAUCCAACGCCACCUCAGGAUGUCUGCGAGGGCGCUGGGACAGACGUCCUCCUUCAUCUCGAACACAGCUGCACCCGCUUUCUCACUUCUGUAUCUCACUUCCUGUAUUUGCAUUCAGAGUACGGAAGCAGGCGAGGGUCAAAAUCAGGAACGAGCUCUGAGUUUAAAAAAAAGAUUUUUACGUCCUGACGUGACCACUUCCUGUUUGUUCGCUCUUUAAAACUAGAACGAGCCCGUUUGGAUUAGUUCAAAGGUCUUUGUUUUAAUUUGGUUAACCCCAGUUUAACUUGUGCUGACUUAAACCAGUUUAAACCAGUUCACGCUGGUUUUCCUUUUUCUCCUCCCUUCAGAAAAAUAGUUCACGUGAUAUUUUUACGACUUCUGAUUGGAGCUUCCGGCUCUGAUUUUGGUUUGUUUUCCGGCCGGCCUCGGUCCUGCUUCCGCACCUGAAUCAUAUGUUUGUUUUCCUGAGGAGUAAAGGUGAGAAACCGGACGGCGCCCCGGAGUCGGACUGCCGGUCCGGCUCUCGCUCGUCCUCCUCAUCGCGUUCUGCCUUCGGUUCUGCGUUUGACGGACGUUGCCUUCGUUAGUGAGUGAAGAAACUCACUUCCUGUCUCCGUGUUUGGAGGUUUUUAUGUGUUCUGAGAGUCUGCGGUUUCUAUGCAUCUGAAAAAAUCGAUGCUGAUGGUUCUGAUGGGUCGAGCAGAACUGAUCUCUAAUGUAUCACUGCAAUAAACGAGCGAUCGCUUCUCAUUUGCUAAGCAAAGACUGUCCCCUGCUCCGUUUGACGCUGUUGGACGACUUCCUGCCCUGCGGGAUUCUGGGAUGUCGCCUGAGCUCCAGUUUUGCUGUAAUUUUGAGAGAUCUUAUAUUCAUAUUAUUGAUGUUCUGAGAUGCUUUUCUGGUUUCUUUAUUGGAGUCGAGCGACUUCCGCUAGCAAAACUAAAUAAAAGCUUUUUCUGCUACUCUUCAGUUACUUUCAAAUGUAAUUAGAUUACAUGCCAA